AUGUUCCCCAGAUUAAUAAAGAAUUUUAUAUUUAUCCUCAUAACAUAUAUUUUGUUAUAUUCCCACCAUAGUAUCUUUGCUAAUCAUCAUGAGAAGAAACAAAAGCAAGAUGUAAUCCUGGACUUAGCUCCUAAAACAACUACGCUAGAGAAAAUUAACACCGAAAAGAAGGCACUUUUAUCCAACCAGAUUGAAGAAUCACAAAAGUUAAAGGAAUAUUUUUUCCAUAAUAAUGACGAUACAAAUAAAUUAAAAUUGAAAGAUAUCCAAGAUGUACUGUUCGGAGAUGACGUGAGUACACAGUGCAUGAUAAAUUUGUUAAAACAGAUGGUAUUACACAAACCGAAGGCAAUAGGAAACAAAUUGAAGAAAUUAGAAAAUGCUAUAACAGGCAGUGGACCAUUGACGGAAUCGAAAUUGCAAGCAGUGAAGGACGCUUUGUUAGAAAAAGGAUUAAAGGAAGCGGAAAAUGGACAAAGGAAAGUAGAACAUGGAAAAAGGAAAGUAGAAAAUGGACAAGAGAAAGUAGACAACGACCCAAAGAAAAUAGAAAACGACCCAAAGAAUAUAGAAAACGACCCAAAGAAAGUAGAAAACGACCCAAAGAAAAUAGAAAACGACCCAAAGAAAGCAGGAAACGCAUUAAAGUCAUUAAAGGAUAAUAUGCUGAACAACCCAUUUGUAAAGGAAGUAAUGUUAAACGAAUUAGAAGAUAUCUUAUUAGGCAAUCAAUUGAAAAAUGAACACAUAUUAAAAGUGUUAAACAAAAACUUGCUAACCAAUACCUUAUCUGGGUUGACCUUGCUAAAAGAGUUAGAAAAUAUUAUAGCAGGAAAUAAACUAGUGGAUGAAUCCAAAUUAGCAGAUUUAAAAAAGAUUCUACUAAGCGAUGAACCGAUAUCGAACGAAAAAUUGGAUGAGUUGAAAACGUUGCUGUCUGACCUAUUGAGUGAUCAUUCUAAUUUAAAAGGUAAGGUGUCAAUACCCAAAGCGGACUAUUUAAAUAAAGUUCCAGUAAACAAUAAAUCCAUUUUAUUGAAAAAAAAUGAUUUGGUGCCAGGAAUUGAGACAAAGAAAAAGAAGGUAUCUGCAAAUAAAAUGGGUUCAACUAAGAAAGAUGAUGCAAUAGCGAUUACCAUGGAAUCAAUACAAAAAGCUAAUACUACAAAUAAAGUUGAUGUUAAAAAAAUAUUUGAAGGAGAGAAAAAAAUUGAUGCUGCAAAGAAAGGUGGUUUAACAGGAGAAAGUGACUUAUCUAAAACAUUAGAAUCCUUGAAAAGAAAAGAAGCGAAUAGAUUCGAAAUGCUAAAGAAAAAUAGUAUUAUAAAUAAAAUCGACGCCCCCCAAAUAAAUGAAAUGGAACAGAAAAUUGAUGCUCUAAAUAAAGCAGGUAUAAAUUUCGAAAGUGGUUUAUUUAAAUUACACGAAUCUAUAAAGAAAGAUGGGGAAGCCGGUAAAAUUGAAGUGCCAGGAAAAGUUGAUUCUCCAAAGAAAGUUGGAUUAUCUCGAGAUAGCGGUUUAUAUAAGUUAUACGAAUCUAUAAAAAGAGAAGAAGCUGUCAAAGCGAAAGAAUUACAAUUAAACGAAUUUGAAAAAAUAACUGAUGUAACAGAAAAAGAUGAAUCGACAAAGAAGGGAGAUUCCCCAAAGAAAGAUAUCGUAUCACCGGAAAAUAAUUUAUUGAAAAUAGAUGAAUCUAUCAAGAAAGAUGAAAAAGAAACUACCAAAGGUGGAACAUUGCCGAAAGUUAAAUCUGCAAAGAAAAUCGAUAUAACGGAAAAUUACGAAUCUUUGAAAAAAUUGGAUUCCGUGAAAAAAGAUGAAGCUGCCACCAAAACGGAAGUACUACAUGAAGUUCCAUCGGCAGCGAAACAGGGUGGAAUGGACACAACGAAGCCGUCGGAAAAAAGUGAUUCUUUGAAAAGAGUUGACGCUAUUUCUAAGGAAAAAUUAUCACCAAAAGAUAGUUCUUUGAGCUCAGUUGAAACAAUUACUAAAAAUAAAUCAAGGAAAAAAGGUGAUUCCUUGAGCAAAGUUGAUGCAGUUCCUAAGGACAAAUUUUCCGAAAAAGAUGAUUCUUUGAGCUCACUUGACAUAAUGGUCAAAAGGAAAGUAUGGAAAAAAGUUAAAACUACGGGCCCAGCUGAUGUAAUUAAUAAAAAUAAACCAAUGGGAAAAGACGAUUCUACGAGUACCAUUUGUUCAGUUCCUAAAAAGAGAGUGUUCAGAAAGGGUGGUUUGGCACGUAAAGAUCGUGCUACUGCUAAAGAAAAAACAUCGAGAAAGGAUGAUUCUUCUAGCGGAGAGGAUUAUAGAAGUUCAGAUUAUUCUACACGUAGACGCGAUGUAAGUUCCAGGAAAAAAUCUGAAACGUCAGAUUCUUCUUCUACGAAAGAUGAUGAAUAUAGAAAAUAUGAUUCAUCGGAAAAAGAUAGCUCACUGAAAGAAGUUUACAUAGAAACAAAAGGAAAUUUUCAUAACAAAUUGAAGUCUGUAAGGAAAAAUUCUUUAUCCUCGCAAAAAUAUGGAGAAUCAAGUGUUGAUUUUUUAGAUGAUAUAAGAAAAAGCACGAAAACGCAAAAAGAAGAUAACUCAAAGAAGUAUAUAUACAUAACAAGCGAAAAUAAUAUGCAUAAAAGAAUGAAAUCUGUAAAGCAAAAUUAUAUGUCAAAAACGAAGCAAUCAGAAACAGAGAUUGAUUCUGUAGAUGAUGAAAGAAGCAGGGGCAAUUUGUCGAGGGAAGAGUAUCCAUUGAGAGAUUUUCAUGUAACAAGGGAUGAUGAUUUUCGCGAAAAAUCUCUUUAUAUGAAGAAGGAUGAAAAGUUAUUAAAAGAUGCCCCUUUUAAGAAAAAAGAUACUUUUAAUCAACCGACAUUGGAGGUCAAAGAUGAUCUUAGUGAAAAAACUGAUAAGCUCGGCCAGCAAAAAUUGGAAGUAGCAGAUAGUUCUGUGAAGACAAGUGACAAACUAGGCGAACAGAAAUUGUAUGGAAAAGAUAUAUCAACAAAUUUAAUGGAUCUACUUAGCAGAAAAGAAAUGAUGAAUAAUGAGCAUCUAAUGAACAAAACGUAUUUAACAUGCGCUAAGAGUUUAUAUAGAAAAAUUCAGUACAUAAAUGAAUGCGGUUUAUUGAACAGCUAUAGAUUAGAACCAAAACCUGAGAAUGACAACUGUGUGUACAUAACAGAGGACAAUAGCUUAUUUAAAAAAAUUAGUACCAUAAAUAGCGAUGGAUUUACACCCGUUGAUCCUAAGUCAACUAUUGUUGAUAAAUAUGAGGAUACGUUAUAUUUAACAAACGAAAAUAGUUUAUUUAAAAAAAUUCACAGUGAGAAAAAAAGCGAUUUAGAAAAUGUAAAGGAAUUAUUGAAAAAUAAAGAAACCCCAAAGGUAGAAGAAUUUGUAAAGGAAGAGAUAUUGCCAAAGGAAAAAAAAUGCACCACAGAUAUAUACAUGGAUAAUAAAAAGAAAGAUAAAGAUCCAGAAGCGAAAGAAAAAGAUUGGGUUAUAUAUAAACACAUUAAAGAUGACAAAAUAAAGGUUGAAUUAAAAGAGGAUGUACAGACAAUGAAUAAAGUUAAUGUGGCAACCGCUGAUUUUGUAUACAAACAGACAGAAGAAGCUCUUAUGAAAAAUGUUACAGAAACAUCGAAAAAAACGACCAAACCGAAUAUAAAAGAAACUAUAAAAAAAGUGGCCAAAUGUGGUAUUCCGGGGACAGUGGCAGCCACCGCCUUACCAUUCCUUGUGAUGAAAUAUCUUGAGGUAACUGGUAUAAAUCUUAUUGUAGAUGCUGGAUCAUCAGGACUUUCAGCUGGUGUAGGUACAUUGGCAAUGAAUAUGCCCGACAUUGUGGUCGCGGCUGGAGCUUGUGCAAUGGAAACGAUGGAUGCUUUUCUACGAAAUGGAUUUUCCUGGAAUGGCUUAUUCUCGACCUUAGCGACGACUUCAUCUUGUGCAGCCAAUUCUGUGUCGACAACUGCAAAUGCUAUAACUAAUGCAGUAACAGAUGCUACCACUGCUGCUACUUCAGCUGGAGUAUCCCACGUAAUGAUUGAGAUGACAUUCCCGAUAUUAAUGUCCCUUUCCGUUGUCAUCAUUAUUGAGGUUCUUUACCAAAUAUUUAGGUAUCUGGAUAAUAGGGGCAGCCUGGAUUUCAUUGAUAAAUACCAAAAACAUUUCAAACGUUACAUGGUUGAAAGAAAAUACAAAAAGAGUAAGCAAAAACGCUUAUAA